GCCAAUCUUUCAACUAUUUUGUUUUUCAUCAUGUCUCAAUUAAAUUCUCCAGAGUUUCUUAAGGGCCCUGCCGUCGCGGAAAGAUCUUGCGAUUCCAGUCCUAGCCUUUCAACAACAGAUGAAAAGGACCUUCCAACACAGUCUUCCGCCUCUAUUAAUCUCGAGAGCCAAAUGCGGCCACCACCACCCUAUCAUGUCUUUACUCGAACCCGCAAAUUGCAGAUGGUCUGCAUUGUCUCGCUUGCAGCCAUCUUUUCUCCGCUAUCCUCCAACAUCUACUUCCCCGCCCUGGGUGUUAUCUCAAAGGACCUGAACGUCUCAAUGUCACUUACAACGUUGACCGUCACCAUAUACAUGAUUGCCCAAGGUCUUGCUCCUAGUAUCUGGGGCGCAUUCUCUGACACCAUAGGCCGUCGUGGAAUUUUCAUCGGCACUUUUAUCGUCUAUAUGGUUGCAAACAUUGCACUGGCUGUGUCAACCAACUAUGGCGAGCUUAUGGCUUUCCGUGCCCUGCAAGCUGCCGGUAGCUCGGCAACUAUCUCGAUCGGCGCUGGCGUUAUUGGUGACAUCACAACGUCAGCUGAGCGAGGAAGCUUGGUUGGAAUUUUUGGCGGAGUGCGUAUGCUUGGCCAGGGCGUUGGCCCUGUGUUUGGUGGAAUAUUGUCUCAAUACCUAGGCUUUAGGUCCAUUUUCUGGUUCCUGACCAUCGCCGCUGGAAUCAGCCUUUUCUCUAUUCUGUUCUUCCUUCCUGAAACCCUCCGUACCGUCGCCGGCAAUGGCACUGUCCCUCUCUAUGGUUUCUACAAGCCAUGGAUCUACUGUAUCACAGGUCAAAAAGACGCCAAGGAGGGCUCCAUCCCGACCGGUGAAAAGAAGACGGUGACCUGGAAGACUGUCCUAGCCCCUCUAGGCUUCCUGGCCGAGAAGGACGUCUUCAUCACCUUGUUCUACGGUGCCAUCGUGUACACAGUCUGGUCGAUGGUGACAUCCUCCACAUCCUCCCUCUUCGAGUCCCAAUACGGACUCAACUCACUGGAAGUCGGUCUGACCUUCCUGGGCAACGGCUUCGGCUGCAUGUCCGGAUCAUACUCCGUCGGCUACCUGAUGGACUACAACCACAAAGUCACAGAGCGCGAAUACUGCUUGCGCAACAAUCUCCCCCUCGAAACCCGCAUCACCUCCAAAACCCACCCCGACUUCCCCAUCGAAUACGCCCGCAUGCGCAACACUUGGUGGAUCACAGCCAUCUUUAUCGUAUGCACCGCCCUCUACGGGUUCUCCCUGCAAACCAACCUCGCCGUCCCAGUCAUCCUCCAAUACAUUAUUGCCUACUGCGCCACCGCCAUCUUCACCAUCAACAGCGCCCUAGUCAUCGACCUCUACCCCGGCGCCAGCGCCAGCGCAACCGCCGUCAACAACCUAAUGCGCUGCGAAGUCGGAGCCGCCGGAGUCGCAGCUGUACAGCCCAUCAUUGACACCAUUACAGCCGAGUGGACCUUCAUCCUCCUCGCCGGGAUCACUCUCGUCAUGGUGCCUCUUCUCAUGGUAGAGAUGCGCUGUGGUGCCGGAUGGCGCAUGGAGCGGACAGAGCGACUCAAGCGGAAGGAACAGUCUGCGUAA